UUUGGGUUAGUUGUACAGUUGUUUCUUGUUCUUGUUUCUGAACUAGCUACUGACAAAAGAAAUCAAGAUCAAGCCGAAGCCAAUCGAAAUCUCUGUCGAGAUCAAGUAAAAAAUGAAAAAGACAAACUCAAACAAUGUCAAAACAAUGUCAAAACCGCCGAAAAAGAGCAAAACACUGCCGAAAACGAACUUCGCAAACAAGAACAAAGGGAAACAGCAGCACGUCAACAUCUUCAAAAAUGUCAAGAAGAAGAAGCAACUCGGGCUCGAGAACGUCAACAAGCUGAAGAAGAAGAAAGACGUGCACAGCACAAUACACAAAUGUCAGAGCAGGAAUUACAAUUAGCCGACCAAGCAUUACAAAUUGCUGAAGCAGCUGCAGCCGCAAUGGCACUCAUCAAUCCCGUCGCUGCUGCAGCCGUUGCUGCCGCUAGCAAGCUUGUUCAAAUGUGGCUGGGUAACGUCAGAAAAAGCAAAGGUGAUUUAGCACGAUGUCAACAAACUCGUGAAAAACGUGUUCGCGUUCAUCAAGAUGCUAUUAAAAAGAGAGAAGAGGCUUUUAAAGAAUUAGAAGCUCAAAAAGCCAAUACUGAAACACGACGAAAAGAUCUAGCAGCUAAGAAGAAGAAAUUAGAAGAGGUCAAACAAAUCGAAAAUGCCCAAACAAGUGUUCUCGCUACUACAGAAAAACGUCUUGCCGAUCUUCAACGUCAAUUUGACAAUAGCAAAAAGAAAGUAGCUGAUACAGACAAAAGAUUAAAACAAACCAAAACUCAACUGAAAAAUCAACAACAACAAAUGACUACUAUCAAAAGUUCAGUCGAUAAUUUAACUAUAAAAAAGAACGAUUUAAAUCAUCGUGGUCAAAAUAUCAAUAAAGAAGCAGAGAAUCAUAAUGGACAAUAUCAAGCAAAAUUGAAAGAUAAAAUGACCAAAGAUGCUGAAAUGUCCCAAUUGAAACAAAAUCAUAAUCGUCUAAGUACACAAGUGCAACAAAAACGAAAUGAAAUUGCUAAUCUUCAAGCUCAAAUGAAAGAGAAACAAGGCAAAGAGUCCGUGAUCAAGGGACGACUCGAAAAUGCAGAACAAUCUUUAGUUAUGAUCACCAGAUCAAUUACUGAAUUACAAGGAGAUCUUCGUGAACAGAAGAAAUUACAAGAUCAAGCAAAUAGACAGAAGACAAGAUAUGAAACAGAAGCUAAUACACUCAAAUCGAAAAUAGAAAAAGCUGAAGGCGAUCUAGACCGUCUUGAAGAAGACCGCCGUCGUUUAGAUCGAAUGUUACAAGACAAAGAACGAGCAUUAUCUGAAAAACAAAAUGAAAAAGAUCGAUUAGGUUAUGAUUUACGACGUCAAGAAGAAGAUCUCAAUUUCAAAAGAUCAGAACUUCAAUUUCAUGAACAAGCUAAACUCAAAGUUGUUCAUGCUCUCAAUGAAAAUGAGCAAAAAUCUAAACAAAUCGAGAAAAAUAUCCGAAGUAUCAACAAAGAAAUCGAUGCAAAAAAUUCUCAAAAACAAGCAGCCGAGCAAAAGUUCAAUGAAUCUCAAAGAGAAGUCAAUAAUACCAAACGUGAAUUGGACAAUUUUAAGAAACGUUUGACAGAAAAGAAACAAGAAUACGAAAAAAGUCGACAAAAACAGUCAACAUAUCAAAAUGAAUUGGAUGCUUUACAAAGCAAAAAUAGUGAUCUUCAGCAACGAAUAUUCCAAAAUCAAAGCAAUUUAAAUGCAAGAGUAUUGAAUGUUCAACAACUAAGUGUGAAUAUUGGUAUAAAAGAAAAUGAAAUACGAAAAGGUCAACAAGUAAAAACUGAUAAUCGACACGCAAACAAAGUAGUAGAAGAAGAAGAUGAAAAAGUGGAUGAAAGCAGAGAAGAAGCCAGACGUCCCCGCCAAAGAAGAGGCAGACGUGAAGAAUACAGUGAUGAAGAUGAAGAUCGACGAACUACCCAUAGACAAAAUUAUGCAUAA